UAUAUUCAGGGCGUUCAAUUAGUACUCCCGUCCAUCUUCCGACUAAAACCCGAGAAAUUUCGGCACGUCUGUCGAAACCCUCCUACAGUCCCCAGCCACCGGUCUAGCGUGCAUAGGCUUCCUUGCGCCCAGAUAUUUCGGCAUCUCUGUGUGGAAAAUAUGGUUUUGAGUGGAGGAGCUCCCCCAAGAGGAAGUGCAGCUGCUGCUGCAAGUUUGCGGAGGAGAAGGACAAGCAGCAGUGGUGCAUCAGGAGGGGCAGCUGGAACAAUGCUCCAGUUCUACACAGAUGAUGCCCCCGGACUGAAGAUCUCUCCAAAUGUUGUGCUUGUCAUGAGCAUUGGUUUUAUAGCUUUUGUUGCCAUUCUUCAUGUCAUGGGUAAAUUGUACUUCGUCCGCAGAGAGGCUUGAAGCCAAUAGGAAAAACAUCUUCAUUCGGAUUUCUCAGGAAAUAUGAAUUUUCUUUUUUUUGCAUUUUAAGCUUUUCAUUAGAACGUAAAAGAAUGGUUAAAGCAGCUCCUGAAUUGUCUCUGGUACAGUAAUAGGUGCCGUCUUAUGAAGGUACUCAUAGUAUUAAAUAAUAAGUAAACAACUAAAGUUUCUUUUGUUCAA